ACACACACACACGCACACACACAGACUUGUCCCUGUAGGAGGAGUUGUGGUAGCACACUGGGCGGUCCUGCUCUGGGACUCUGCGAUACUGAGAUGGAGGGGCAGACAGAGGCUGUAGGCUGGAGAGGACCGACAGAACCCUCCUACAGCCCGCACUGAGCUGGAUCACUGGAUCCAGCCCCUGAUCACUGUCUGGGACAGUGCUGAAGAGGAUCCAGCCCGCCUCACCUCUCCCUAGGAUACUUCUGAAGACGAUCCAGCCCCUGAUCACUGUCUGGGACGGUGCUGAAGAGGCUCCAUCCCCCCUCAUCUCUCCCUGGGACAGUGCUGAAGAGGCUCCAUCCCCUGAUAACUCCCUGGGACGGUGCUGAGGAGGAUCCAGCCCCCCCACCCCCCCGCUCGCUGGCCGAGUGCAGAAGUGGCCCCCUGGACGGCCUCGCCAACAUGAGCCGCUGGCUGAAAUGCACCUCCAGUUACUUUAACGCGGACUGGAAUAAGCAUGACGAGCGGCUGAUGAAGGCGGUGGAGCGGGGUGAGGUGGACAAGGUGGCGGCUGUGCUCAACAAGAAGGGCGUGGUCCCCACCAAACUGGACCCGGAGGGCCGCUCCGCGUUCCACCUCGCUGCCACCAGGGGGCACCUGGACUGCCUCAGCCUCAUCCUGGGCCACAAUGUGGACGCCACGGCCACCGACUCCACCGGUAAAAGCGCCCUGCAUCUGGCUGCACGAAACGGACACUCUCAGUGUGUGCAGAAGCUACUGCAGCAUAACUGCCCUGUGGGGAAGGUGGACCUGAAUGGCAGGACCGCUCUCCACGAUGCAGUGAUAGCUGGAAGCUUCGCCAGUGUGGAACUGCUCUGUGACAGUGGGGCUGCAGUACAUGCCAGUGAUUCUGACGGCAGGACUCCCUUGGUGCUGGCCACCCAGAUGUGUCACCCCCAAAUCUGCCAGCUGCUGCUGGAGCGAGGCGCAGAUAUCGCCGCCCGAGACAAACAGAACAAGACUGCUCUGAUCCUCGGCUGUGAGUACGCCUGUAAGGACGCAGUGGAGGUGCUGCUGAAGGGCGGGGCGGACGUCACGGCGGUGGACGGCCUGGGGCACGACAGCUACCACUACGCCCGCCUCAGCAAGAACCCGGAGCUGGUGGGGCUGGUGAAGGACGCCCUAGACAGCUUCACCCAAGCAAAGGAAGCUGCCAAGAUGGAGCUGAAAAGGUUGCAGGUGAUGAAUGCAGAAGGAGCAGGGCAGUGUCGAGCUGCACAGGAUGUGGAGAAGCAGAGAGAAAGCCAGCAGGAGGCGCUAAAGAAGAAGCCCCAGGAGCAGAGAGUUCUGCUGGACCAGCUCCACCAGCUGCAACAGCAGCUCAGUCAGGAGAAGUCAUCUGUGGAACAUCUCCAGAAGGAGAGAGACCAGCUGAGGAUGCUUUUAUCCAGCAAGGAGAGGGAGGAUGGUGCCAGGGUCACCGAGACGGUCAAGGUCCAGCACAAGAGCCUUCUGGGGGAUUACUCAGGGCAGUCUGUCAUUAAAGGAAAAGAGCACUUCCUGGUGAAGCAGUCUCACAGUCUGGAUUCUGCAGAGGUCUUGCAGUCAUCCCCGCCCUUGUGUUCUGGGUCCCGCCCCCUCGAGGUAUCGCGGGCGGGCGUGGCCUGGUUAGGGGAGGCGGAGCUGGCGAGGAAGAGGCAGGAGGCCGUGGAGCAAGAGGUGAGUCGGCUGCAGGAGGCGCUGGCGAGCAAGAGCCGGGAGUGCGAGGAGCUGGCGCAGAUCCACGAGGAGGCGCAGCGCAGCUCGGACCGGCAGGUGCAGGAGCUGGAGGAGGCCCUGAGCGACGUGCAGAGGAGGAUGAUGGACUCGGAGGCCAAAGUCAAGCAGCUGCAGGCGCACGUGGUGGCCAUGAAGGACCGCCUGCAGGGCCCGCAGGCCGACGAGCUCAGGGCCCAGCUGCAUGACGUGAAGGCCAAGUACGAGGGCGCGUCGGCCGAGGUGGGGCGGGUGCGCAACCAGCUGAAGCAGAGCGAGCAGGCCCUGGAGGAGUACCGCAAGAGCGAGGGCGUGCUGGCGCGGGAGGCCGAGGAGCUGGCCGAGGAGCUGGGCCACUGCCGGCAGGACCGGGAGGAGAUGGGCGCCGUGCUCGCCGACAUGGAGGCCUGCAUGAAGGAGAUGGAGGCCAAGAUGGCCGCUGCCGUCUCCGGGGAGAAGUUCGACAACAUGAAGAACCUCCUGACCAACGCGGUGGACGAGAAGGAGCGGCAGCUGGCGGAGCUGAGGGAGGACUACGACCGGGUGCUGGAGGAGGCGGCGGAGCUGCACAGGGAGCUGGACGAGGAGCGGGCCCGGGGCGGGGAGCGGCAGGGGGCGCGGGACGCCCUGGAGCAGCAGAACGCAGCGCUGCGGAGGAGGCUGGCCGACGUGACGGCCAAGAGCAAGGCGCUGAUCAGCGAGCUGGAGCUGAGCGAGGAGGAGGCCGAGCUGCUCCGGGAGCGCGUGCGCGACCUCGGCCACAAGAUGCAGACGGAGCACGUGCCGCUGGAGACCCACCAGGAGGUGGCACAGUCGCUGGAGCGUGCGGCCGAGGAGGUGAGGAGGGAGCUGGCGGAGCGCGUGCGGAAAGGCGAGCAGCUGGAGGCGGAGCUGCGGCAGCUGCGGGCAGAGAACGGUGCCCUGAACGACACUGUGACCCGCCUGCAGGGUGAGAGCGCUGACCCGGAGCGGGUCCGCAGUGAGGUGGGAGUGCUGUCGUCUCGAAAUGCCGAGCUGGAGGAGGAGCUGGUGGCCCUCCAGGGGAAGUGCCAGGAGAAGGAGAGGGAGCUGGGCGUGGCCGCGGCCAAGGGGGCGGAGCUGAAACAGAGCCUGCAGGGGCAGUACGUGUCGAGGGAGGAGCACGAGAGGGUGAGCGCGGAGCUGAGCCGGGCCAUGCAGGAGGCCCAGGCGCUGAUCUGCAGGAUGGAGGCGGAGGCCAGGGAACGUGCGGAAGAGCUGAGGAACGUGCAGCAGGGGAGGUCCGCUCUAGAGGGGACGCUCCGGGGCGUGGAGGCGGCGCUGGCGAGGGAUUACGUCAGCCUGAAGGAUCACGAGGAGAUGCAGCGGAAGCUGGAGGGCGAGGCGAGCGAGGCGGAGAGCAGGGCGAGCGAGGCCCGGCGGGAGCAGCGGGAGGCGCAGGAGGAGAUGAGGAAGCUGAACGAGGCCAUCGAGGACCAGAAGCGCGAGCUGGACUCCAUACAGGAGGCCAUCCUGUCCCGCUUCGUCCCGCUCAGCGACCUGGAGGAGAAGGAGAGCGCUCUGAGAGACACACUGAGGGAGCUGGAGGAGGCGCAGAGGAGGUGCGAUCAUGCCCAGGAGGAGGCGCAGCGCCACGAACAGGAAAAGGAGACACUGAGGGUGGAGCUGGUCUCCCUGCAGAGAAGAAUUGAGACGGACUUCGUCCCCCGUGAGGAGCACCAGCAGAUGGAGCAGGAGCACAGGAGCAGAGAGGAGCAGCUCAGCCGGCAGGUGGAGGAGCUGGACCAGCAGUACCAGGACAUCGCGGAGCAGAACGCCCAGAGCAGCGCCCAGAUCCAGGACCUUCAGCGCCGCCUAGUGGCGGAGUCCGCGCGGGUGCAGCGGCUGGAGGAGGCGCAGCGCUCCCUGAGCGACGUCCGGGCGGAGCUGCAGAGGGAAGCUGACGCUCUGCGGGGCCGGGCGGAGAGAGCCGCCGCCCUGGAGGCGGAGCUGCAGAGCCGCAGCGACGGCGCCGCCCUGCUGGAGGACGUGACCGCGCUGCAGGCGGAGAAGCUGCGGCUGGAGGAGGAGGCGGCGGCCCUCACCGAGCGCCUGUCCCUCCUCUCGCAGCGCUGCGAGGAGGCGCGGCGGGAAGUGGCCCGCGCCAGGGAGGGGGAGAACCGCGCCCGGGCCGAGACGGAGGCGCUGAGGGCCCAGAGCAGCUCCAUCCAGAGUGAGAUCGGGGAGCUGAAGGAGCGGUAUGACCAGUCUCUCAGCACCAUCGGGGACCUGCAGAGGAGAGUGCACACGUCCUCAGAGCUGACUCAGGCCAAAGACAAGAAGAUCUCAGAGCUGCUGGCAGACGUGGAAGGAUUGAAGCAGGCCUUGAGUGGGCUUUCCCAGUUGGCCUACUCUGGCAGCACUCCCAGCAAGCAGAACCAAAACAGGGAUACCCUACAGGCCCAGGUCCAGAGCCUGCAGCAGCAGCUGGCUGAUGCUGAAAGGCAACACAGAGAAGUGGUUUCCAUCUAUCGAACCCACCUCCUCAGCGCAGCACAGGGUCACAUGGAUGCAGACGUCCAGGCCGCCCUGCUCCAGAUCAUCCGCAUGAGACAGGAGUUUGUGUGUUAAUUACUUGCAGGAAAAGCUCCACCAAUCAGCUCCCUCAGAUCCCCUGCCCAGCCCUGCCUAGCCCCACCCAACCUCCACUCCAUGGCCUGUUUUUCUAGCCCUCCCCACUCCCUUGUCACAUACCCUCUUCACUGACAGCAGGACCUGCCUCAGUUGUGAACGUGUUUGCCUCACACUUCAGCUUUUGUCAUCACUGAAUUGAAAUCAUCUGUAGUCAGUAAAUCAGGUCAUGCUGUUCUAGCCAGAACUGUGAGGGUAAGAAUCAGGACUGUGACAGCCUGAUGGAUUUAAUGACAGACAGGAUUAGCUCCCCUCUUUAAGGGGGAACUUUGAAAGAUCAGUGUGUUUUCUCCUGUUUUGAUGUCAUCGACCCACUGUCCACCACAUUUGGUCAGACAGCAUCACCUGCCUGUUCUCACUAAAAAUGAUCUGACUGGUCAGCUGUGUUUAUAGGGAGGUUUGGUUGAAACCAAGGCAGUCGAUGUCUUGAAUGAUAUGUAUGUAAAACAGCAGUCCACGGUUCUGGAAUGGUUUCAGAGUGGAUCCAAAGGGCCGUAUAAAAAAGUCUGUGUUUCUGGUCUGUCGCACAAAUCUGAGCUGUGAUGGGGUCUCUUUCUGUAGGGUGAACGGUCUGUUUCCUGUCCUGGUCCUGGCAGCUGUGCCUUAAAGUGCAGCCCUCCUGCUCUCAAGCCCAUGUUAUUGGGGCAAAACUGCCCCCUUGUGGUGUAACUUGGCAGGCCAAGUUAUGUGUGUAGUUCAGUUUGGUUUUUAGUUUUGUGGUUAAUAAUAGGAGGUAGGUUCAAAAAUACUGUGGCUUUACACAGGUGUAUUUGUUAUACGGGAAUGGAUUUGUUAUACUUUAAUUAAUAAACACUAUGUUAUGAUAAUAUUCAGCUGGACUGGUGUAGAAUAACACAAAGCUUGUUCUUGGUAACUUUUAGAAGUUUAUACUGCAGGGCUUUUAUUUUAUAUGUCCCCCUAUUUCCAUUGUUAGAAAAACAUAUAACACAGUUUAACGUGUCACACAAAAUAUCCAAUAGGACAUGAUAUUGAGUAUUAUUAUUAUCAGGAAGACUGAUGAAGAAACAGCCCCUUGUCUAAUGUAACAACUAUACCUCAGCAGCAAUCAGAGCACUAGAAGUAAAAUUAAAAUGAAUUGAGAUCUUUUGUAUCAACCUGAUUUGGUAUUAAAAUGAACACUUCUCUUCCUCUGUUGAAGUUUUCAGAGUACCUCUAUUACUCGUCGCUAAACCACAAAUAUUACC